CUUCAACCAACUCACACUAAGCUUCAACCAACUCACACUAAGCUUCAACCAACUCACACUAAGCUUCAACCAACUCACACUAAGCUUCAACCAACUCACACUAAGCUUCAACCAACUCACACUAAGCUUCCACCAACUCACACUAAGCUUCAACCAACUCACACUAAGCUUCAACCAACUCACACUAAGCUUCAACCAACUCACACUAAGCUUCAACCAACUCACACUAAGCUUCAAAGCUCACACAACCAACUCACACUAAGCUUCAACCAACUCACACUAAGCUUCAACCAACUCACACUAAGCUUUCAACCAACUCACACUAAGCUUCAACCAACUCACACUAAGCUUCAACCAACUCACACUAAGCUUCAAACAACUCACACUAAGCUUUAA